CACUGCGGGGAGAGGGCGGGGGUCGGCGCCCGCGGCGGAGCCGCGCCUGGACCGCAGCGAGGAGGCUGAGAAGCGGCGGGAGGGGCCGGCGGAGGGCGGGAGCGCGCCUCCUGACAUGUUGGGGGCAUCCCUGACCGGGCCGGGCCGGGGCUAGGAGCGGCGCCCGGGCCGGGGGCGGGUCGCGGUCCGCCCCUCUGUCCCUCCGUCCUGCGCUGCCGAGGACCUGCGUUCCGCACUCGGCCGCCUCGGGGAAAGAGCGAGGGAAGAGGCGGGAGGGUCGGGGAGAAGGAGCAUUCGCCUGAGGCUGGAGGAGGCUGACCUGCGUCCCCGCCCAGCCCGCGCCUAUGCGGUACUUGAAGGAUGGCGAAGAGGUCGCGCAGUGAGGAUGAGGAUGAUGACCUUCAGUAUGCUGAUCAUGAUUAUGAAGUACCACAACAAAAAGGAUUGAAAAAACUCUGGAACAGAGUAAAAUGGACAAGAGAUGAGGAUGAUAAGUUGAAGAAGUUGGUGGAACAACAUGGAACUGAUGAUUGGACCCUAAUUGCUAGUCAUCUUCAAAAUCGUUCUGAUUUUCAAUGCCAACAUCGAUGGCAGAAAGUUUUAAAUCCAGAAUUGAUAAAGGGUCCUUGGACUAAAGAGGAAGAUCAAAGGGUUAUUGAACUGGUUCAGAAAUAUGGACCAAAAAGAUGGUCUUUAAUUGCAAAACAUUUAAAAGGAAGAAUAGGCAAGCAGUGUAGAGAAAGAUGGCAUAAUCAUCUGAAUCCUGAGGUAAAGAAAUCAUCCUGGACAGAAGAAGAAGACAGGAUCAUCUAUGAAGCACAUAAGCGGUUGGGAAAUCGUUGGGCAGAAAUUGCCAAACUGCUUCCUGGAAGGACUGAUAAUUCUAUCAAAAAUCAUUGGAAUUCUACUAUGCGAAGAAAAGUGGAACAGGAGGGCUACUUACAAGAUGGAAUAAAAUCAGAACGAUCUUCAUCAAAACUUCAACACAAACCUUGUGCGACUAUGGACCAUUUGCAAACCCAGAAUCAAUUUUACAUACCUGUUCAGAUCCCUGGUUAUCAGUAUGUGUCACCUGAAGGCAAUUGUGUGGAACAUGUUCAGACUACUUCUGCCUUUAUUCAGCAACCCUUUGUUGAUGAAGAUCCUGAUAAGGAAAAGAAAAUAAAGGAACUUGAGAUGCUUCUUAUGUCAGCAGAGAAUGAAGUUAGAAGAAAGCGGCUUCCAUCUCAACCUGGAAGCUUUUCUAGCUGGUCUGGUAGUUUCCUCAUGGAUGAUAGCAUGUCUAAUACUCUAAAUAGCCUUGAGGAACAUGCUACUGAGUUUUAUGGUAUGGAUGAAAAUCAAACUGCAUCUGCUCAGCAGAAUUCACCUACGAAGUUUCUAGCUGUAGAGGCAAAUGCUGUGCUGUCUUCUCUACAGACCAUUCCAGAAUUUGCAGAAACUUUAGAACUUAUUGAAUCUGAUCCUGUAGCAUGGAGUGAUGUUACCAGCUUUGAUCUUUCUGAUGCUGCUGCUUCUCCUGUCAAGUCUACCCCAGUUAAAUUAAUGCGAAUUCAACACAACGAAGGAGCCAUGGAAUGUCAAUUUAAUGUCAGUCUUGUACUUGAAGGGAAAAAAAACAGUUGUAAUGGUGGAGACAAUGAGGCUGUUCCUUUAACAUCCCCAAAUGUGGCUAAGUUUAGCACUCCACCAACCAUCCUCAGAAAGAAGAGAAGAAUGCGAGUAGGUCAGUCCCCAAGCAGUGAACUUGGUGAUGGCACAUUCAAUGAUGGCAGUAAUACAGCACUAAAGCACACACCGGUGAAAACACUACCAUUUUCUCCUUCACAGUUUUUCAAUACAUGUCCUGGUAAUGAGCAACUUAAUAUGGAAAAUCCUUCAUUUACGUCAACCCCUAUUUGUGGGCAGAAAGUUCUCAUUACAACUCCUCUUCAGAAGGAAACAACUCCCAAAGAUCAAAAGGAAAAUGUAGGGUUUAGAACACCUACUAUUAGAAGAUCUAUAUUGGGUACCACACCAAGAACUCCUACCCCUUUUAAGAAUGCGCUUGCUGCUCAGGAGAAAAAAUAUGGACCUCUUAAAAUUGUGUCUCAGCCUCUUGCCUUCUUGGAAGAAGAUAUUCGAGAAGUUUUAAAAGAAGAAACUGGAACAGACAUAUUCCUCAAAGAGGAAGAUGAACCUACUUAUAAAAGUUGCAAACAAGAGCAUACUGCUUCUGUGAAGAAAGUCAGAAAGUCAUUAGUCUUAGAUAAUUGGGAAAAAGAAGAACCAGGCACUCAGCUGUUGACUGAAGACAUUUCAGAGAUGCAGUCAGAAAAUAUAUUUACAACAUCUUUAUUAAUGAUACCAUUAUUGGAAAUACAUGACAAUAGGUGCAACUUGACUCCUGAAAAACAAGAUAUAAAUUCAACCAACAAAACAUAUACACUUACUAAAAAGAAACCAAACCCUAACACUUCCAAAGGUGUCACAUUGGAAAAGAAUCUUCAGUCAAAUUGUGAAUGGGAAACAGUGGUUUAUGGGAAAACAGAAGACCAGCUUAUCAUGACUGAACAAGCAAGAAGAUAUCUGAGUACUUAUACAGCUACCAGCAGCACUUCAAGAGCUCUAAUACUGUAAUUGUUACUAAAGUUGAUGAAAUGCCCCAUUCCCUUACUGUAUUCUAAAUUAGGUUGCCAUGAAAAUUUUCUCAAUUAUUUUUAAAGUUUUAAUAUAGCCUUAAAACAGUUAGCAUCUUUUUUCUAUACUGGGCAGGUAGUGGGAAAGGAAAAAACAAAAAAAAACAAAACAACAACAACAACAAAAAACCUAAUAAGCCA